ACUGGAAGAUCGAAUGCUAUUGCUUGAUGAAGCAGCUGUCCUUGUCCAUUACUAGAAUCCAGAUUUUUUACUAGAAUCCACUUCAAAUAGAAAUACGUAGGUACUAUAAGUAGAAAAUCAUGUCGGCGGGUUACCAAAACUGCAUUUUAUCAGCGCGAAAAAAACGGCGAAAAGCUCUUUGCUUGCUUGUUGCAGUGACAACCACCUAUGCCAGUACACUACAGCAGACGACGGAUGGAGGCGCGAAGCACCUGGACCCUAGGGAGAGCUCUCUUCAUUACGGCGUAAGUAGCUUAGAAGUUGCUUGCAUCGUUUUCGUUCAGUGAAUCUUCAGUCACUGAAAUGGAAAGUUUUUUUUCUAAUACCCAGAGGAAGAGGAGGGCGAUGAAGCUCGACUGAGCUCACUCGAUGAGGAGAUGGCUUCGCUGGCGCAAACUAGAGGCGUCGUGGCCAAGGACCUGAAGCGGGUCCGUGACCUGUUGAGGCGAAAGAAAAAGUUAAGGGUGAGAGAGGAUUCAUCAGUGACCGUAGCCGUACUAACGCCUACAACUACUAGAAGCAACAGGAAUAAGCAACAGGAACGGACACCUAGUAGAGCUAGACUUUUGCGAAAAGGAUGAUGUUGACUUCGUAGAGGGUUGUAAAUGUCACGUGGCUGGUGAAGGGGCAUCUUCAUAGUUUGCUCCAAAAACACAGAAACAGAACACAGCAGUAGAGGAGGCAGUAACUACACGCAGUAGCGAAAGCGAACCUGGCUCGCUGCACACCGAAGUAGAGGCAGAAACUCAACAGCAUCGUCAUGUAGACGAGGAGACAUCAAAGCCACGACCUACUACUUCUAGCCAGGUUCGCCCAACAGCGACCGGCGUCGACGAGCAGGAAGAAGCAGCAACAGUUGCUCGCCAACGUGCACGUAUGGAAUUGCAACAAAGAGCAGACGAAGAAGCAGGUAAUCACGGAUCAUAUUGAAAGUGAUCAUUCAUACCAAAUCAUGAAGAACUAUUUUGUAUCUAGGACGAGGAAGGAUAUGGAUGCUCUUGGAUCUUCAUCCGCGUUCUGUAGACGAGAAGAGACACGUUUCCAAAAUUUCAGGGUUGUGAGUCCCUACAUUUUUUUUUACUACAUAACAUGUUACUAGUUCUUGACAAUCGAUGAUAAUCAAAAAGAUGAAUGGUUCUGGUAUUUGGUAACGUGAAUUUGAUCCUAAGGGAAAACAAGAAGAGAACCCUUAGGAUCAAACUCAGGUUACCAAAUACCAGAACCAUACAAAAGACCACCUGCUUUGUCACUCAACUUCAAAACAGCCUCCUCCGCAGACGAUCCUUUCAAAGAGUACAUGCGCGAAGAAGAGGGAGAGGACGAGAUGGAUAGCGAGGAGUACCAAGAAAGCGCACGAGCACUUGCUAAGAGCACUUUAUGAACUAAAAGUUCUCAAACAACAACCUCUUGCCAGGCAUAUCAAUCAAUCAAUCAAUCAAUGGCAUAGUUGAAUAUGUUUAUGGUACAACUGGUUGUGCUGUAGCCUGUAGAUGCUAUUCAAUUGGUAGAUGAGGUUGUGUAAUUAGUAGUUAAGGCUGUAGUACCUAAUACUUCUUUGGGCGCAUCCUAGAAACGUAUGGAGGAGUAUCCUAAGGGAAUGCUUUCCCAUACUUUUCGAGGAUGCACUUGAAAGAUGAAUUACGGACAGCUCUAAUAAAUUAGGUCAUACUACUUGAUAAAAACUUUACAUUUCAUACGCGAAGACACACUUGAUUUUUCCCGGGGAACUACCGAUCGCGAUAGAGAUGCACGAUGAUAAAACACUUGUUCGAAGAAGUUUCAGAAACUUUCAACCUUCUAUCUUCUAAGCCAUGGCUGGGAUCAAGGAAAGAUCGAGGGUCGUGCGAAUGAUGCCGUGAGGUCGCUGACGAAUGCCAUCGGCGGCAAGAAAGUCGUCGCCACAGUGCAAAGAAUGCUAGGUGGAUUACGAUAGAAUGAAAUAGAUGCAGUACAACUACUUUGUGAAGACUUUCUAGAAUGGAUUGACUUUUUUUUUUUCAUUACUCCAAAAUCUCCGAAAUGAAAAGUUCGAAGAUUGUCACGACGGAACUCUAUCAUUAUCAUGUACAGAAAGCACUGAAGAUACUAUCACUCUUGUGAAUGUAGCGACAUUCGAAGAUAACCAUUUUUUUCCACAUCUCCGCAGAAAUCAAUGAAAGCAGAGGACAAGCGAAUGCUAUGUAUACGUAUAGUAGUACUGACUUCUUACUAAUACCUUGGAGUUAUUUGAGUAGAGAACAGAAAAGGAAAAAUCAGCACCAUACGGUCUAAAGUCUGACUAUAAUACCUUUGGAAAGAGUGAUGCUUUUCGUGGUUACUUCUAUCUCUCAUAGUACGGGGCGUGGAUAGUUGUGCAAGAGAGAGA